CGUCCUCCCGGCCCCGGGGGCCGCCGCCGCCGCCCCGUCAUGUCCGAGGUGGGCCAGGAGCUCGUGCACCUGGUGUGGGGCAAGAAAGCCGGGCCCCGCGGGCUGGCCGACACCAUAUUCUGCCGUUGGGCGCAAGGAUUUGUCUUUAGUGAAUCUGAAUCAACUGCUUUAGAGCAAUUUGAAGGUGGCCCUUGUGCAGUGAUUGCACCUGUGCAGGCGUUCCUCUUGAAGAGGCUUUUUGCCAGUGAAAAGUCUACUUGGAGAGACUGUCCAGAAGUAGAGCAGAAAAACCUUCUCUGUCACACAUUAUGUGAUAUUUUGGAAAUGGCUUGCUCUGAUAACUCUGAGUCGUACUCUCUGGCAACAUGGAUAAGAGGAAAAACAACUGAAGAAACUGCUAGUAUUUCUGAAGGUCCUGCAGAAUCCAGUCAUCAAGAGGAACAACCUUCUGCCUUGGCUGUGGAAGAGCUUGGCUUUGAGCGAUUUCAUGCAUUAAUUCACAAACGUGCAUUCAAAAGCUUCCCUGAGCUGAAGGAUGCAAUUUGGGAUCAAUAUUCAAUGUGGACAAACAGAUUUGGAGUAUUACUCUUUCUGUACUCUGUGAUACUGACAAAGGGUACUGAAAACAUAAAAAAUGAAAUCGAGGAUGCAACUGAGCCAUUGAUAGAUCCUGUUUAUGGUCAUGGAAGCCAAAGUUUGAUUAACCUCCUGUUGACGGGGCAUGCUGUUUCUAACGUGUGGGAUGGAGACAGAGAAUGUUCAGGAAUGAAACUUCUUGGCAUACAUAAACAAGCAACAGUAGGCUUUCUGACUCUGAUGGAAUCUCUGAGAUACUGUAAGGUUGGCUCCUAUUUGAAGUCUCCAAAGUUUCCCAUCUGGAUACUCGGCAGUGAAACACACCUCACAGUCUUUUUUGCCAAGGAUAUGGCUCUUGUUGCUCCUGAAGCACCUUCAGAACAAGCUAGGAGAGUUUUCCAGACAUAUGACCCUGAGGAUAAUGGCUUUAUACCUGACACUCUCCUAGAAGAUGUAAUGAAAGCUCUGGACCUUGUUUCAGAUCCUGAAUAUGUAAACCUCAUGAAGACCAAAUUAGACCCAGAAGGGCUGGGCAUCAUAUUACUGGGUCCCUUUCUGCAAGAAUUCUUCCCUGAGCAGGGCGUGAUGAGGGCAUGGAUGUGGCGUUAAACCUGCCUGGGGCUCUCUGGAUCAGGUAGGAAGAAUUCUUCCCCUUACUGAUACCUAGUUCAGAAUUCUUUCCUGUCUUAAAAUAUUGUGAGGAAAUAGCAGAUGCCAGUGAUGGUUAGAAUUGCCGAUAUUCACCCUUACACAGUAUGGGAACAAUUACCUAGUGGUCAGGUCGACCAGAUUUAAUUCCUUUUUGCUGAAAAUGUUCAAAUUUCCCUCUUUUUCCUAGAAAGUACUUAAAUCUGCCUUGAGCCAGAAGGGGUUUCAGCCUUCCUUCUCAAAGCUGUUGACUGAGAUGAAAAAUUUUCAAAGGUCAUUUAGAUUGAGAGAGCGAGCAUGACUCCUUAGUGCUUAGGUAAUGCUUGGAGAGGGGGGAAUUCCUAAAUUUCUCUGUAUGUCCUUUUUUGGGGCAUACACAAAAUUCUUAACAUCUGUGGGACAGGAACUGGAAACCAGCACUUCUGUUCCUUCAAGGUGAGCAUAUCCUCAUGAUGGAAAAGAAUACAUGCCCUCUUUCCUUCACUGCAAAGCCUAGUUUUAUACGUGUCUGUGAAGCAAAUUCUGUAAGAAGACUUACUGCUUAGCUUUCUCUUCUCCACCUUCCCUCCACUAAGUAGCAUAACUUGCUGUGUGAAACCUGUAGCUAGAUAAGGUUUUUGAGUCCCUCUAGAGGAGAAAAAUGAAUAGGGGUAUUCUGUUAACUGAUGAAUGUGCUGUAACCAGAGCAGCUGUCUCCUCAUUCCAGCAUUUACUGCUGUGUACUUGAAAGAGGGAUAAGCUUUUAUUCAGAGCCUGAACCAGUAGGUAUGAAAGAGAUGAUAUUACACCUAAUUUGUUUUUCUGAAUUCAGUUCAUUGUGAGGCUUUUUAGUCCUUUUAAGACUGAAGCACAUAUACACCUGGAGUGGCAAAGGUUGACAACUGCAGUACAUCUACUGUUGGCCAUUUUCUGAAUAGGGUCCUCAGGAUUAGUUUACAAUUAGGCAGGCAUGGGUGUAAAUUACUCUUUGGCUUCAAGUGGAGGGUUGGAGACUGGAUUUAAUCUUCAGUAAAUAUUUAAGUUAGCAGCAUCCAAACAGUCGUAAGUGCAUACAACUGAGGAUACUACUGAAGGUGUCUAGCUUGAAAAGAUAAGACAGUAGUAUAACUGAAUACUGAAAUGAUUUAAAGUAUCCAGAUGAACACAGAAAAUCAUUACUGGCUCUUGAAAAUUGCGGGGGAGUUGUUAUCUUUUAAUUUACUGACAUUUUUGAAUUGUUUGUGAUGAGAAAGACAAGAUGAACAAAAUCUUCCGAAUGAUACAUCUGAAAGAAAUAGUAUUACAUAUACAUUACAUGACAUUAACAGUUUUCUUUC